GAAGUAAUCCAGAGUCGGGCUUUGUGGGGGCGACAAAAGGAGGUAAGGAAACCGAGAAACCAAAGAAAAUUGAAAAAAAAAAGAAAAGAAAGUGAAACCAUCUCCCCUCUCUAUCUCUCUCUCUCUCUCCACACAACACACAGAAGAGAGAGAAAGAAACAAAUAUAGAGAGAGAAAGAGAAGAGAUUACGAUUACAAGAUUAUCUCCUUCUUCACAAGAAGAAGAGACCGGUAUUUCUGCCCCUCUCUAACUUUCUCUCUCUAAAAACUUAAAAGUCUCUCCCUUUAUCCAUCUUCGGCCAUGCGUAGAGCCAGGGCAACCGCGGCGGCGAAGGCGGCGGCGGCAGCAGCUGGAGAAACCAACGGAUCUGGAACGGGAGCCGCCGCGAAGGAGAUCAGGUUUCGCGGCGUCAGAAAGAGACCGUGGGGCAGAUUCGCGGCGGAGAUCAGAGACCCCUGGAAGAAAACUAGGGUUUGGCUCGGCACCUUCGACUCCGCCGAGGACGCGGCUCGAGCCUACGACGCCGCCGCUCGUUCCCUACGCGGACCCAAGGCCAAGACCAACUUUCCUCUCUCCACCUCUCCCGUCCCUCCUUACACUCUUCUCCAAGAAAACCCUAACGAUGCCCUCAUCGCCCACCGGUUGUAUCAUUCCAACCAUUUUCACGACCACCAGAUCACUCCCCAGAGGCCCACUUCCAGCAGUUUGAGCAGCACCGUCGAGUCCUUCAGUGGGCCCAAGCCUCCGCCGUCGCAGACGGCCGUGACGCAGCCCCCCUCCUCCAGGCGGCACCCUCGAUCGCCGCCAAUCUUGCCCGACGAUUGCCGCAGCGACUGCGACUCGUCGUCUUCGGUCAUCGACGACGGUGAUGGAGACAUCGCCUCGUCGUCGUUUCGGAAACCCUUGGCUUUCGAUCUCAACCUUCCUCCGCCGCUGGAUGAGGCUGACUUGGGCUGUGGCGAUGACGAUCUACGGUGCACAGACCUUUGCCUGUGAUGAUGGGUCAAACAAAACCAUUCUGAUCAAACCACCCUUUACUGUUUUUUUGCUCUCUUUCAUGCAGAGAAAAAAAGAAGAAGAUGAACAAUUAAGUAAUAUAUAUAUAGGUCAAAUCGUCUUUGCUUCUAUGUGUCUGCUCGGGUCUUUUUAUCUUGUUUCAAGAGAAUUUACCUUUCUCUCUCGUCUCUCCCUCUCUCUCUCUUAUGGUUAUGGUUAGAGUAUUUGAUCUUGUCAUGCUAUGAUCUAAGAGUUUUUAGUUUCUUCAACUGUAUGGGCUUUUGAAUCUAAGAAGUCUGUUGUUGUUGGAGUUAUAUUUACAUGUAACAAUGGAGUAUCAGUUCAGAUCUGUUAUGGUUUUUCUUCUGUUCUUGAUCUCUGAUACUUCUCACCCUCAUGUCCUGUAAAGAAUUUAUCUCAUUCAAUGCUACCCAGAGAAAAUCUAUUAUCUCUCAA